UACCGAGAGUGAGAGAAGUGAAACGCAGUGCCCACAAUGCUAUUGAGCGUCGUUACAGGACAUCGAUCAAUGAUAAGAUAAUUGAAUUGAAAAAUAUUGUAGUCGGAAUUGACGCCAAGCUGAACAAGUCGGCAAUUUUACGAAAAACCAUCGACUACAUUAGGCAUCUGCAGAAUUACAGUGCAAAAUUAAAGGCCGAAAAUAUGGCGUUGAAAAUGUCUGCACAACGGCACAAUCUUCGUGAUUUGUACCAACAAAUCCAGAGCUGUGGAGAGUUGACACCUCCACGCUCCGAUUCGAGCGAACCAUCUUUGUCACCUGCACCUGCGCCGCCGUCACCACCAUCCCCGUCGUCGGUAAAGGACGAUCCAGAUGCGUUGCACAAUUUACACCCUGUACCAACUUCGUCCAUUGGAGGCAUGAAAGAUCACACUCGACUGACAUUGUGCGGAUUCAUGCUAUUAUUUUUAGCAUUCAAUCCUCUUGGUAUCCUUAUGAACAAUAUUGGAAGAUUCAAUUAUGAUUAUGUGAAUACGAAACUGGAUGGACGAACGAUACUCAAUUAUCCAGAUCAGCUAGAAUCGGAUAAGCAACCGUGGAGCAAUGUUGUCCUCUGGUUUACCAACCUAAUACUCUUGGCAAUUUGUCUCUACAAACUGUUACUUUACGGUGAUCCUAUUUUGCCUACCGACAGUAAAGUUUUUCUCGAAAUACGUCGUUGGAGACGUCAGGCCGAAUUCAACAUAUCCAAACAUGAAUGCAAUCAGGCAUAUCGAGAUUUACAUCAAUGCUUGCAAUAUUUCGGCCGAUCCUUUCCGUUAUCACGUACGGAGGUUUUUCUCGCAACCACGUGGCAAAUAGUGCGGCAGACUCUUUACAAAUUAUGGCUGGGUAGAUGGGUCAUGCACAUUAGCAAAUGGUUGUCGGAGAAAUCAGAACGGCAACAGGCGGAGACAUCCGCCGUGGAAAUUGCCAUCGUUUACCAGCAUAUGCUCUGUCUUCGUAUGUCUGAAGGAACUAAAGAUUCAACAUUAUAUCUUGCUCUUUGCGCCGUCAAUUACGCGGAAACUGCUGGCGAGAGUAUGCCUAAAUCACUUUUGGCAGAGAUCUAUAUGAAUGUCGCACUGUGUCUGAAACAGUCCUUUUUUCCAUACAUAUACAAAUAUUAUCUGGGUAAAGCACGCAUAUUGCUAUCCUCUUGCACCGUUCCCCCGAAAUUGAAAUGGAUUAUGACCGACGAAGGCGCUAAGUUCUUGGCAUCUCAAAAGUGGCAAUAUAAGAAACAAUUUGACAGCGAAUUCACAUCACAGAAUAGUCGAGCGGAUCCGUUGUCAUACGCGGCUCGUGCGUACAGGCAUCAUCUGAUCGAACAGUGUCUACGUUUAUUGACUGGCACGGUUGGAGAAUGUCAUGCAUCCUCUGUACUUGAAUUAGGACGAAUGAUUAUGGCUUCUGCGGAAGUGGAAGCCUGUUUCCCAUGUACCGAUAAAAUUAGUGUAGCAACAUUCGAAGAUGAGAUUGGAUUAUGGUGGGGAGCUGUAAUCUGCGCUGCCGCGAGUUGGAGAUUAGGAGAGGAGGAUUCAAAGGCAUGGAGUAUUGUGGAAAGUAAAUUUCCUUAUGAGAGAAACUUCCAAGUUGGUGACAACAGCAGUAACAGCCCAUUACCCCAUGCUGUUCUUAGUGUUCUUCAGGUGGCAAAAAAUCCUACAAAGUUAGUUUCUAUGCGUUUCAUUGAUCAGCUUAUCUUUCAGCUUACUCAAUUAUUAGUUUGCGAUUGGCUUCUCGAGAUACGCACAAUUCUUUGGCAAGAAAUGGAUGCAGAACCAGAAAGAUCGAUUGCAAAUGUGUCUCUUGCUGGAUUCCAGCGUGAUUUGGCGUGCUUGAGACAGUUGUGUCAGCAUAUCCCGUCUGUAUUAGCACGAGUAUUCCUAUACGAGGCUACAGCACGUAUCAUGGCCGGGGCAACACCAGUUAAGACUCAGAUCUUACUGGAUCGAAGUCUGCAUCACAGAAACUCGCGUUCUUCAAUUAUAUGUGGAAAGGACCGAUCGCAGGAGCAGAAUAACAGUGAGAGGGAACAUGCGGUCGCGUUAUGUCUGGCGUGCAGGCAUCUGCCGACGUUGCUGUUAGCCUCGCCAGGUGAACGGGCUGGAAUGCUUGCAGAGGCUGCCAAGACGCUCGAGCGAAUAGGGGACAGGAAACGUCUUCAGGAAUGCUACAAACUAAUGCGACAAUUAGGCUCUACAAUUACUGUUAAUUAAUGCAUCGAUUUAACAUAUUUUUAUAUGUUUUCAUACUUAUAUUGUCUGUAAGCGUUACAUAAUUAAGUUAUAUACUCAUUUAACGGUCGGCUUUAGACACACUUCUCGGUUUGAUUUUACAAAUGAUUGUUUUUUUUUGUCAAACUGUUAUUAAAAUUUUUUUUCUUGUAUUCAUGAUACUGUCGCUCUUGGGUCAGAGUGUUGCACGUAUUACUUACGCCUAGCAGCCCGUCAAGACGCGAACAAAGAAGAAAUUAUGGAUAUGAAAGAAAUCGCGACAUAACUGGAUAAAGAGUUGUCUAAAUCCGAUUGUACUAAAUUGACUCAUUGUAUAUAGGACAUUUAACUUAUGCAAUAUUUAUUAAUUUUAUUAUUAUGCACCAUUAAACACAAUUUUUAUUUGAGGAGCAAAUUGCUCCAUCUAAUGAGACCUUUGAUCACCAACGCCUUUCGGAUCGGGCGUUAAGCUGUAGGUUUAACCGAUUCCACUGUCGAUCGGGAUUGACUGGAUCGGAUUUGUGCGAAAUUUUUCUCUGGCUUGCUUCGUUGCUAUUCAUUGCUCUAUACGCAUACAAACUUUAAGAAUUUCUUAUUCCACUGAGAUAGCAUCAAAGUCUUAGCCAAGCUUGAACGGCUGGCUUCUCUUUCUGCCGAGGUUUGUUAUAUGCCGAUCGGAUCUUAAACUCGGGUGGAUCCACGUGCUAAAUUCUCUCUCUGAGAUUGUUUUGAAUCGUCUACUGAAAUUAAAGAUCUACAGACUGUCCAAUUUAAGUUUCAGAGGCAAAGCCAUCGAUGCAAAAAAAAAUCAAUAUAUAAGAUUUUGGAGACUGUAAAAUGUCGAUAUGUGUCUGAAUGAUCACGCUUAUCAACUUUACAGUACCUGAAAUCUUACAUUGAAUUUUUUGCGUCGAUGGUUUUGUAUUUUGAUUCUAAAAAAUCUCAAAUUGGACGAGCUUGAUUUAUAUUAAUAGAAGAAUAGAUUAAGACGGAUGAGGGCUUAAUUCUUAUAUUCUCAUUAUUUUUUAAAAUUUCAGUUUGUUUAUUAUUAUAUAAAGAAAAAAAACUUUCAUUUAAAAGAUUUCCUUUUCGGUUUGAACUCUUC